AUCGUCUUUACCUCAAUCCCCAUGUCUCGAACAACAUGAUCAACGUUAACAACAUCUUCCCUAGCUUCAUCCAACGCGUCGACUCGGUCGCCCCGCUGGGCUACACAACCCCUCCCUGGCCUUCCCUUUAUUGGCCUCUCCCUGCCGGCACAGCAACGUCCUACUACCUCUACCGCCCCGACGACAUCCUCCGCUUCACAGUAUACUGGACCUUACUGCUAGUUGGCGGUGUACAUUUCAUCACUGCGCUUUGGGCGUGUAUAGUGCAAUGGCGAAACUGGAAGCUGAUAUGGAUCGCCUUGCCUGUAUUCACCAUUGUAGGCGGCAUUGAAGCGCUUGUCGCUGGUGCUCUUGUGGGUGGACUGCUUGGAGGAGUAUAUCAAGCGGGAUAUUUUGAAAUGUCCACCUGGAUACCCUUUGUGUGGUCUCUCAUCAACGCCAUGAUACUGGUCUUGUCUUCCUUUGCCAUCUACGGCGGCCUCUGAGCGAUCCAUCCAGAUAUAUCGACCUUCACCCAUAAUCUCGGUCAGGAUAUACCUCUCCAACUACGAAAACAAUACUCGGUUCUGUGCAAACACCCCUGUUCACGCGAGUUUGGCGUGAUAGUUCCGCCAACCUCCCAGUGGGGACGAAUAUCUGCGUAGUGCAACAUAUCAUUCAGGCAUUUAUUCAGUUCCUGGCUACAAGCGCAAACCCGCGCGAGCUAAGAUAUGCCGCUUUCUGCAUCAAGCAGACAAUAUCCGCAUGCAUGUAUGCUGGAUACAAUGGCGACCAAGAGCUGAAGCGACAAGUCGAACAACGCUCAAAUCCACAAGCUAAACACUUGGCGGUUGACAUCUCCAUGCUCGGAUAUGCAUGUGCUUUAUCACAGGGCAUCGUUAUCUACACGCGCGACUGGUUUGAAUCACUGCUUUUCAAGCUCACGUCCUUGAGAUUAUAUGCUAGCCCUGGAUAUCACUUGCACCACAAUUUGAAUACCCCUAAGCCUUUCGGUAAUUCCGGCUGUUGAACUGGUCAACAAUCUCCCGUGCCGCCUUGACAAUUUCUACAGCCCCAGGCGAGUCCGAGUGGCAACACAGUGAAACCUGGUGGUCGCCUAUCGGAAGCUUCACCUCCUCACCCGUAACGGCUGUGACAGUCGCAUUUUCGACCUGACUCGUUACAUGUUUCUUAAUCUCAUCCGGAUGCCAGGCCCUAUACCUGAUUAGCCUAGAGCACAAAUACGAGUCAAUACAACUUACUUCUUCUUCCGG